CAACUGGAGAUUGCAAAGUCUCUUUUCCCCCAAGGUCACUGGUCAGCGGUCAUCUUUCACCACAUCCAAGGCAACCAGAAUUGCUCUGCACUAGCUUCUAGGGUUUGCCUCACCAUGGAAGAUCAUAGGAUUUUCUGGCUCAGGUUUUAUGAAGUUCAGUGUCUGCCCUGGACCUGCAGUUUGGAAAAGGGAUCACCUCUGAGGCACUGUUGAGAGACACAAAAUCCCGUCACAGACAAUGAGCACUUUAAGUAGUCCUGGAAUAUUACUCAGCUUAACGACAGUGUCUGUUACCCUGGAUUUUAGCUUGCGUGGUGGUCUCAUGGCUUGGUCCUUAAGCAGCAAUUUGACUCUGAAUCAGAGUUUGCCUACAUCUGAUCCUCUUAAUGCCUCUGAGAAGAGUGAAGUCUCUCGGAUGUCUGUGAGGGAGAAGAACUGGCCAGCCCUCCUGAUCUUGGUUGUCAUCCUGCUCACCAUUGGGGGGAACAUAUUGGUAAUUAUGGCUGUGUCCUUGGAGAAGAAGUUGCAGAAUGCCACAAACUUCUUUCUGAUGUCCUUGGCAGUGGCAGACAUGCUGGUGGGUAUCCUGGUCAUGCCCGUGUCGCUCAUUACAGUCCUGUAUGAUUAUGCUUGGCCUUUGCCUAAACAGUUGUGCCCUAUAUGGAUUUCCCUAGAUGUGCUCUUUUCAACUGCAUCUAUUAUGCAUCUCUGUGCCAUCUCUCUUGAUCGGUAUGUAGCAAUACGCAAUCCCAUUGAGCACAGCCGCUUCAAUUCCCGCACCAAGGCUAUUAUGAAAAUUGCUGCAGUUUGGACCAUAUCCAUAGGGAUAUCUAUGCCUAUUCCAGUCAUUGGUUUGCAGGAUGACUCCAGGGUGUUCGUAAAUGGAACCUGUGUCCUCAACGAUGAGAACUUUGUCCUCAUUGGAUCCUUCAUGGCGUUCUUCAUCCCUCUCAUCAUCAUGGUGAUCACGUACUGCCUGACUGUCCAGGUGCUGCAGAGACAGGCAACAGUGUUCAUGUGUGGAGAGGUGCCCAAGCAGAGGAGGAGCAGCGUAAACUGCCUCAAGAAGGAAAACAAUGCAGAGAACAUUUCAAUGCUUCACAAUCACGAGGGGGCAUCUCACUUGAACUCUCCUGUAAGUAAGGAGGCAGUGCUCUUUCGGAAAGGAACUAUGCAGUCCAUCAACAAUGAGCGAAGAGCCUCCAAGGUCCUGGGCAUCGUCUUCUUUUUGUUCCUUAUCAUGUGGUGCCCAUUUUUCAUCACUAAUGUCAUGUCUGUCCUUUGCAAGGAAGCCUGCGACAGAGACCUGCUGAGUGAGCUCCUUGAUGUGUUUGUUUGGGUGGGGUAUGUGUGCUCUGGGGUCAAUCCCCUUGUAUACACGCUCUUCAACAAGACGUACCGCAGGGCUUUUUCCAAUUACAUCCGCUGCCUAUACAAGACCAGUAAGAAGUCAGCCCUGCGGCAGAAUCAGUGUCUGAAUGUGGCUUCAACAGCUUUAUAUGGCAAAGAUCUGACUUUAACUAGUUAUCGAAAUGGCAACGAACUCAAUAGCAUGGUACUAGAUGAUGCUGAGGAGGGCCUUGAAAUGCAACCAGGGACUUCAGAGGUCUCCAUAAACAGCUGUAAUGUAAUAAGUGAAAGAGUGAGCUGUGUGUAAAGGUGCUCACACAGCCUUUUGCUGUGGGUUAUCCGUAGCCCAAAUAUAUUGUAUAAAAAUGUAAGUGUUGGUCAAAGGACCAUGUAAAUAUUGCAUUCUAAACAAAGCUUUUCAUUUUUUUUUUAAAGAAAAAGGAGUUGUCUUUCCAGUCCAGUACUUAAGAUCAUAUAUAUUAGUAUAUAUGCAGUGAAGUUUAAGGUUCUAUAUUUACUGUUAAUACUAGAUCAGAACUCUUAGUUACUUUGCAUAUGUCAUGGACAAAAUGUUUGAAUUCUUCUUCCAGUGCAUGAACAAAAAUGCUGAAUAUUUAUCUCAGGUGGCAUUUGCUGGAGUCCAGAAUGGCACGUUAAUAGUUAUAUAUCAAAUACAUGCUAUUAGACUUGGUCAGUAGAACUUUCUUUUUCAAGUUGACAGUAAAUAUAUACUUUA